CUCCAUCAACCUCGCCACUUCCAUGAAUGAGGUGCACGCGCCUUGCAUGCUCAUUCCUUCACGUCCUUCCUCCUCCCCAGCCUUCACAACAUCGAAUUUGCUGCUGAGAUCAGCCAACGUCUGAGCUUUUGAGAGGAAGGAUCGAGAACGGACGAGGAUCACCAUCUAGUGGAGUAUCACUUGCGGAUCUGAUGCUUCUGAGGGAUCAACCCUGCUAUCGCUGAGCGCGAAUAUUAACAAGAACGUACAAGGCUUCUUUUUUUCUUCUGCCGUAUCGUCUCAUCCCACGAGACUCCCACACGUCCUAAUGGCUUUCCCUCGUUAUAAAACGUGGGCUGCGUGCGUGCCACUAGUUGCCCUCCUCCUCGUCCUCGCCUCACUGCCCGCAACCUCCGCGCGCUCGCGAAAGUCCAUCCCCCUUUCGCGGCAAUCGUCGCCGUUCCUCAAGAACUUCCGGUGCGACUCGUUCGCCAACGGCAGCGAGUUCUGCCAGCUCGGUCAGGAUGGCGCGCUCAACCUCCGAGCGUACUACAGCAAGAUGGGAUCCUUCACGUCGCGCAAUUUCUACAAGUACGGCAUGUUCAGCGUGCGCAUGAAGUUCCCUCCUGGCUACUCGGGCGGCAUCAUUCCCUGCAUGUACUUAAUCUCCGGCGGGAACAAGGGGUUCAAGGACGUGCACGACGAGAUCGACUUCGAGUUCCUAGGCGGCCAGAACCCGCGCGAGAUGAUCAUUCAUACAAAUCUGAUUACUAACGGGUACAACAAGCUGGAGCAGUUUAAGUUCCCCUUCGACCCGUCCGCGGCCUACCACCGCUACAGCAUUCUCUGGAGCCCGUCCGCGGUGACGUGGUUCGUCGAUUCCAUCCCCAUCCGCAUCGCCUACCGUCGAAACGGCCCUGCUUUUCCGUCCAAGCCGCUCAGAAUUCGAGGCUCCAUCUGGGACAGCUCGGAGUGGAGCGCGCUCAAGUCCAACUUCAACAAUGGCCCCAUCACCGUCAGCUUUAAGAACUUCAACAUUCAGGGCUGCCGCGUCUCCAGCCGCCGCAUCCCGAGCUGCGCCACGUACAAGGCGGGAUGGCAGCCGUGGAUGUACCGUAUGAGCGGGCUGCAGAAGAAGCUGUACGUGUGGUUCCAGAAGUACCACGUGUACAAGAAAUACUCUUGGGAGAAGACUGUGUAGACAAGCGCAUGUGAUGCACGAUACCGAGGCACGGGGGAGAAGGGAGGGUAGGAAAAAAAUUCACACGGCCAUUACUCAGAUGGUGCGAUGAGCUAGAGUGGAGAAUACGGUGCCCUCACGCCGCCUCCGCAACUUACAUUGAUAGGACAGGAAUUUAGCGGUACUGAUAUCAAGUGUGCUGAACAGUGGCACCCGCAGCUGCUCAACCAGAAAGACCAGGGCAUGCGCUGCCCUGCCUUUGGAGGAAUGCAGCUCAGGCGUUCAACAGGCAUGUAGGAGAACUGACCGAGCCUUCCGGUGCAGAAUAAAGAGCCGGAUACUAAUAUCAGUUUGUUGCUCGCCUGUCUUAAUACAAGCAAUUUUGGUUG